CGUGCACGCCAGUCGCUUCAGCAGCAGUAGCCAACAAGCUAACAGCCAAUCGCAAAACAGUUUCAGCAAUCGAAUCCAACCAAUCGCAGCUUAAAAUCGCCGCCAUUGUCGCUUUGACAAGCUACAGCAGCAGCUUAACGGUUUUCUCUUCACACCUUUGUGACGCGCUUACAAUACGUCUUUGAUUUCGUUAACAAACGAGAGUGUCGCCAAUUGUUCAACUUGACUAUUUGUUUAAAACAAAGCGAGCUUAAACCCAAGAGCUUAUAAAACUUAAUACCGAAAGUAAAACAGAAGUGCAAAAAGUUAAUAUAUAUUGCUACAAAUAAAAUCCAACUGAACUGAAAACUAACGAGAGUUGCUUUAAACGUUUCUAAAGCUUAACAUGAGUAACAGUGCUAUGGUGGCUGUGGCCAUUUGCUGCAUCCUGGUGCUGCUGGCGGUGUUCAUCGUGAUCAUCAUAGUUGUGGGGCAGCAAUUCGAGGAGCCCAAGUGAGACAUGCUCCAGCUGGGACCUGGCAACUUCCCAGAUGGAUAACAGCGAACCCAAAAUUGUUAGCUACGGCAUAAACAAUUCCAGGGACAACAAACUGCGCCAACAACAACAACAACAACAACAACAACAAUCAUCAUCAACACAACAACAAAAUCAACAUUAUCAGCAGCACAGCAAACUUAGAAAUCAAAUUCCAUCCUCAUGACCCGACAGAGCAUAAAGCAGCGCCUUAAACAGCGUAAGCGUAAACGUAAACGUAAACAUAAACGUAAGCGUAAGCAUCCCAUCGUCAGUACCCAUUGGCUGUGAUGUGAAAUUUUUAGAAUACUUAUGUGAAAAAAUUUAAAAACAAUUUUGUUUCAUAACUCACAUGUCAAGCACAACAACAACAACAACAACUCUUCGUAGACCUACAUAGAUGUUUAUGUGUGUGUUAGUGCGUGUAUCCAACAAACUAUUAGCUAAUAUAUAACAUAUACAUAUAUACAAGCAUAUAUAAUUAAAUGUGUACCCAGCCGUCGUAACGUCGCGUUUUUAUACAUGUGUUGUUAAACAAAAGGAAUUUUUAUUAAUGUUUUAUUGAUGUUGCAUACAAAACUUAUACAUACUAUGCAUAACCGUAGCCAAAAGUCCAAGUCAGACGUCGGUUGGAAUCAGAGGAAUGGACAAUAGCAAUAAGCAACAAAAACAAAGAGCUCAAUACAAGGUCUAACCUGGGCAAAUACCUCGGCAAUGAUCUAGCACUUGUUAAAUCGAGCAAUGGAUGGAGUAAGCAAAGGCGAGAGAGCGCAUAGGCGAUAUGCAUUUUAUAUAUCAAAUAAAUAAAUUUUUCGAAAAAGUUUUAUGUGUGUAUAAACUAUAUACUAUAUAUAUAUAUGUAAAUGUGUGUGUACUUAAUUUAUAGACGGUUCAAUGUACGUAAUUAGUUAAAGUUAUCAAAUGGAGUACAAGCCAAAACGAUUUCAAUCAAAAAUUAAUUAAAAUAAAUUUAAUGCAAAACGUACGCGCGCUGUAAACGCGUUAAUUAGUUUUAAAUAAAACCUAAUUAAUUCACUUUCUAUGCAUACUAAUUACGCGUAUCAAAUAAAAAUCAACAACAACAACAACAAUCUGUUUCGCAAUUGUCUAUUGAAGAAUGUGAUCAGACAUUUGUCUCGCGCAUUGGAGGCCCACAGAAUGGCAGCUUUACGGCUCCGCUGCUGCACAACCAUCGCAA